AAAACAGAUCACAAGCGAUGGAAAUCAGACCAUCCAGACAUUCCAAAUAGAAUGGGAACAAUUAAUAAUGUGGAAAAAUUUGAUGCGGAUUUCUUCGGAUUAUCUUUUGAGCAAGCACACACACUCUCGCCCGAAGCGAGAAUGUUACUGGAACAUUCUUAUGAAGCAAUAAUCGAUGCAGGAAUCAAUCCAAAACAAUUACGAGAAAAAGAUACUGCUGUGAUCAUAGGAGCGUCUUUUAUUGAAUCGCAAAAGAAAUUUUUAUAUGAGAAUCUUAAGUUAGGAGAUCACAAUAUUACUGGAUGUAGCAAAUCUACAAUAGCGAACAUAAUUUCAUACCACUUCGAUCUGAAAGGGCCAUCAUACGUUGUCGACACAGGAUGCAGUUCUAGCCUU